AUGUGGUUUAUUGCAAAAAAGAACUCUCUGUUGUCACCUGACCGAACACCAAUCAUUUUACACAAUGUUUUAAUAAAUUUUGAAGUAUUGGGGUCCAUGGGUCCAAGGACCUCGAUACAUAUAGGCAAAAAAUCUAAGGAAGGCAGGGCGUGUUCAUAUUUUUUAAUUUUUUCGUCCGAUGCCCUGAUUGCAGCCAAACCACAUUCUUUGCUGGGAAUAAGAGUACAACCGUCUGGUCGCUUGCCAUCUUGCACUGAAAUGCCAGAUGGUUCCUUCAAAACAGGAAUAGAAGCUUUAGAAAAAAGCCGGCAAAUAAGACACCGCAUUUAUCCACCGGUCGGGGUUGUGGCCGCGUGGAUUUGCGUUGAUGUGGUUUUCAAAACCCGAGAGCAGGGACGUAACCUCAAUCGUGGAGUAUUCGGACAGGCGCUUGUUAAUCUGGUUGACCCGGCGUCCCCCUCUGGCAGGUUUUUGAAGAACGUAUGGAAAAAACAACAAAAAGUCUGCACCAGGAUGGACUUGGUCAAUGAUAUCAAUUGGUUUCCUGAUAGCAAUGGCUACUUCCUAUCAGUUUGGAUACAACAUCAGUGUCCUCAAUCAGCCUGUUACUGUUGGUUAUGA